AGCUGUCAGUCCGUCAGUUGGGCAGUGCGGGUGAGCCGGAUACGCCAACUUCAAGCAAUAUCGCAGACAAAAUUCACACCGAUUUCGGACUCGGACACCUUCCACACUCGGAAUACUGGCUUCGUCUAAAAAUAAACACCUUUUCGGGGCAGACAAGCGGCAGAGAAAGAAAGUGGGAGUGGGAUUUUGCUUGAGACAUAUUUGAAGGGUUGUAGGCUUAGCCUGACUGGGGCGAGCUAGCAUGCUAAUGGAGCAGCGCCGCAGUGGAUGCCUCUCCACCCGCUGUUUUUUCCUCAAAUUACACUGACGCCGUUCAGAUUACAAUUUUUAUUCGUUUCCAGCGGUUUCCGUCAGUAUUUCUUCUAAUUUACCUUAAACGGGGUGUUAAGGGGGGCUGGCUUGGGAGGCUAGCUAGUUAGCAAGUAAGGAAGGCUUACUGAUGAAGUCUUAAGGGGAUUUUGCUUUUUACGGAUGAGAACUUACAAAUAACACCGCGUUUUGCUCUUAACUUUCAUGUUAUAUGUAACGGGAGACUGUUUAGCGCAUCUGGCGAGUUAUUCUUCUGUCUAGAGAGCUAAUAACGUUAGUUGAGUUGGUACAGCUAGCUGGCUGCGGUUAGCUACCUGAACGUUAUGCCAAAUUAUAUUUUACUAAAAGACAGUUAGGACACCACUAGCUUAAUUAAAGCACUUGUCACUGUGUGAUAGUUAAUUUAUUGUUAUACAACAAACAAUGGCCUCGGCUAGUAACACUGUCUCAUCGUUUGCGAGCAAAACAAAAACGAAGAAGAAACACUUCGUGGCUCAGAAAGUGAAGCUGUUUCGUGCCAGCGACCCUCUGCUCAGUGUUCUCAUGUGGGGAAUUAACCAUUCGAUAAACGAGUUGAGCCAUGUUCAGAUACCCAUCAUGCUUAUGCCUGAUGACUUCAAAGCCUACUCGAAGAUUAAGGUGGACAAUCACCUAUUCAACAAAGAGAAUAUGCCAAGCCAUUUCAAGUUCAAGGAGUAUUGCCCUCUUGUUUUCCGUAAUUUGAGAGAGAGGUUCGUCAUCGAUGAUCAGGACUUCCAGAACUCUCUGACUCGCAGUGCACCACUCGUCAGUGAAGCUCAGGGCCGAAGUGGUGCACGCUUUCACACCUCCUAUGACAAGAGGUACGUUAUCAAGACCAUUAGCAGCGAGGAUGUGGCGGAGAUGCACAACAUCCUCAAGAAAUACCACCAGUAUAUUGUGGAAUGUCAUGGAUCCACACUGUUGCCACAGUUUCUAGGCAUGUACCGCCUCACUGUAGAUGGAGAUGAGACUUAUAUGAUUGUCACACGCAACGUGUUCAGCCACCGGUUGUCUGUGUAUAAGAAAUAUGACCUGAAGGGUUCUACAGUUGCCAGAGAGGCUAGUGACAAAGAAAAGGCUAAAGAACUGCCUACGUACAAAGACAAUGACUUCAUCAACGACGGACAGAAAAUAUACAUCGAUGACGAGAGCAAGAAAAUCUUCCUCAAUAAGCUUCAAAAGGACGUGGAGUUCCUAGCCUUGUUGAAGUUGAUGGACUACAGCCUGCUGGUUGGGAUCCAUGACGUCGAGAGAGCAGAACAAGAGGAAGUGGAGAGCGAGGAUAAUGAGGGAGAGGAGGAAGGAGAGAGUGAUGGAGGGAUUGUGGGCACUCCUCCUGACAGUCCCAGUAACACUCUGGACAGCACUAAACCACUCUCGCCGGGAGAUUUCGACCCCAGUAUUGACGUCUAUGCCAUCAAAAGCCAUGACAAUUCUCCAAGAAAGGAGGUCUAUUUUAUGGCAGUUAUCGACAUCCUCCAGCAUUAUGAUGCCAAGAAAAAGGCUGCCCAUGCAGCUAAGACAGUAAAACAUGGGGCCGGGGCAGAGAUCUCCACAGUGAACCCAGAGCAGUACUCGAAGAGAUUCUAUGAUUUCAUCACUACCAUCCUGCCCUAGUCUGAAACGGCUGAAUCCACUGGGGGGAUGAAGAGAGGGACGCCAGCAGAGGGGUGCAGAAAACCUGCUCUGCCACAGGGGGGCACCCCUACCGCAGCUACAACCACCAUUUGUUUACAUUUUGAUUUCAUUUAUUCGUUCUUUGUUUUUGUGGGACCAUGAGAGUGAUGGAAAAGGACAACAGUAGAACUGUUUUUUGGGGGGGGGAUUGGGCUUUUUUAAAUGCUUUCUUAUGCAUGCCCCUUAUUCUCAUUUUUUUGUUUGUUCCAAUUGGAUAUUUUUCUUGCCUUUUAAAUUGCAAGAGGAUGGAUGGCGAGACGAAAGAGAGCUCUUCUGAUGUUCUGUGGCACAGCGGGUAGAAAAAAUAGGCCAAAACCAAACUUUGGUCAUCGAAUCUUCCGUCAUCACACACCUAGUUCAUCAAAUUCUAACACUCGGCUGCCUGAUUUGCUUUUUCCACCAGUUUUGUGGACACCCACAGCAAACGCUCGCUAACUUUCUUUUCUCUCAGUUCUCUUCUUGCUCUGGACAGAGUAACCAGAAACACUCUUUGAGCCAUUCACAAAAGGAUGACCCAUCACCCCCCACUUGCCUUGUGUGGACAGACAUGAAUCUGUUUUCCAUGUUCCUUCAGUGUUCUGAGGCUAAAGCGUUUGAAAUUGAGGCGAAGGUUCUGGUAGGUAUUUACUGUUUUGUUUUGUGUUUAUUUUAUUUUUUGUUUGUUUGGUUCUGCAGCAACUUGACAGGAGGGAGAAUGAAGACACUGAGGCAGCAGGAUCAGUCAGUGGUUUCGCUUUGGUCAUCAGUGAAUUCUGUUACAUUAGUGAUUCAGUUGCCAUCAGCACCUUAAACUGUUGCACUUUUCCUUAGGAUCACUCAGUCUGUUACGAGCUGCAAUGAUAGCACUAUAAGGCACUGUUCAACGCAGCCUUGCCGUUUCACGUGUUCUCGCUCAUACGCUUGUUCUCAGCAGACAAAACAUAGUUUACCUCUCGCAUCGUACCAGGACACACCAUUUUGUUGUGUUUCAGUAUUCCAUUGAGGUUUGGGGAAGGGGCGCUUUGUGUAUUUUUUUAAACAUUGGUUUUGUUUGAAUUUGUGUGUGUCUUUUGUUCGCAGUUCUUUUGAACAUUCAAAUUGGCAGCAAAAGAUGAACUGAUUUUGCACAUGAUGAAUGGAACCAAAAUGUUCACGGAGUUUGUUGGUUCUGCAGUGGUAUUUACAAGGGAAAUUUAAUACAUGUAACAGGAGAAUACUUUUGUAAACGGCAUUGAAUUAGAAGCAGGUAAUACGACUUAGAGAUUAACAUUUGUUUCUUAACUUUUCUAAUUGAAAGAGAGAAAACGCCUCAUGUUUCUGUUGGUCACUUGCACAUAUUUUACAUUGAAUUUUAAUUAAGCCGAGUUUUAAAAGCACCACUCUGUGAUUCGCUCAAAGUGUUCUGAUAAAUGAAGAAUGUUACUAUUUUAAUUCAUUCAGCACAAGUACUGUCUACAAAUGAAAAAGAGGAAAAAUGCAUGUUGCAUUAUUUUAGUGUUCAGUCUGGACAUGUCCAGAGAUGGUCUAUAUUCCACGCUUUCCCCCCCCUCGCCCUAAUCCCCAACCCCAGGUCUUUUUUCUGUUUGUUUUUCAAGAUGGUUCCAUACCUGCUUUAUACUGUGUUUUCAAUGUAUACACUGUGCAAGAGUCGUGCCUUUUUACUCCAAAUUAUUUAAUUCUGUAUUUUUUAAUCUUUUUUUCAAACAGAAGUAAAAUGUUAUUUUCUAAUAUUUAGGGGUGGUUGAAAAAAAAAUCCAGAUAUUUUCAGUGUUUCUUUUCAUUUUUUCUCCUCUGGUGUUUUGAUGUUUCUUCUGAUGCUGUUGCUUCAAACAGACACAAGACAUUACACGUUCUGUUCACAACAACACAGCACUGAAAAAGGUCACAAUUUCUCCUUGACUGGCUAAUUCUAUGUGCAAAGCCUUUUUGGACAAGAGUGUGCAUUGUGAAUUUGUUGAUAUGAGUAGGUGUGGCUCUUGUUAUAGUGUUAAUUGUAAAUUGUGUUCAGGCUUUCUCGACGCAUUUUUAUCUGGAAGUAUUAUCCGGCACCAAUGUUACGGCGUCCUUGGUUAGUGUUUCAUUUUCUUAAUAAACUGAGCGCUGCUUGUGCCCUUGGGAAGCCAUUGCACAGUGGGAAAAAGAUGCAUUUUUUUAUUGUUCUCAUCGGGAAGAAAACAAACCCUGAUCUUCUUGGUUGUAUUAUUCACAACAGAAAAAAACAAAUCUCACACACACGGGCAUGACAAAAGAGGCUGUUUUAGCGUCAGACUUUGAUAGUGUCGUCAGAGCAUCGCUUCAGCUUCUGAUACUGGAUCCACACGCAGCGAUACAUAUGUGAAUUUCACUAAAUGUGAAAAGUGCUACAGUAAGAUACAGCUUCACGCCUUCUCAGAAAGCCCUCCACUAUGUUCUUCGUUUGCCAAAAGCAUUCUUUGCUCAGUGUGUUCACUGAUGAAAUACUCAGUACGUAAGCUUUGGGGAAAAUGUAAUGUACUUUUUAGCAAUUCGAUUUUUCUUUCUAAACAUUUACGAAAACCGCUACCGGAUGGGUUGUGUUUGUACAAGCAGGUUUACACGCGUGUCGAAAGAAAUAAAGAACAAUCGCAUCGUCUGUAACUCUUCCUCUAGAUGGUGAAGGUAACGGUAGUGAAGGGGAAGCGCUGCAUCAUCAUCACACUCACAGAAAUGAGUCUAAAAACUGUUUUGAGAGUAACCAAAGGGGAGGCUGUCUCGUGUGUUAAGAUGUAAAACGAUAUACACUCCAUUCCAUAAGCAUUGCUCAAAACAAUAAAGCACUUUGUCUGCGA